CCUUACCUGAGCCGGGCCGCGCCUUUCACCGCCGCACCCGUCCCUCGUCAGGCACCCGAGGGGCCCAUGGCUGCGGCGGCGGUCGCACGCGGGUGGCAGAGUGGAGAGCCCCGCGCGCUCGGCCGGGCGGUGAGGCUGCUGCAGCGCCUGCAGGAGCAAUGCGGGGACCCCCGGCUCGCCUCGAGUCCACCCUCGCUAAGGGACCUGCUGCCCAGCGCCGCGAAGCUACUUCGAGAGGUGGCCCACGCCCGGCGGGAAGCCGGUGGAAGCGGCCACGAGGGUCCCGGGGGUGCCGGGGACUUUCUCAUCGUCUACCUCGCCAACCUGGAGGCCAAGAGCAGGCAGGUUGCGGCACUCCUGCCACCCCGGGGCCAAAAGAGUGCCAACGACGAGCUCUUCCGGGAGGGCUCCAUACUCAGGCGACAGCUGGCCAAGCUGGCCCUUAUCUUCAGCCACAUGUAUGCGGAGCUGAGGGCGCUCUUCCCCGGGGGAAAGUACUGUGGGCACACAUACCAGCUCACCAAGACUGAAGCCCACACCUUCUGGAGGGAGCACUGUGGAGCCCGGUGUGUGCUGCCCUGGGCUGAGUUUGAGUCCCUCCUGCGCACCUGCCACCCCAUGGAAUCAGGCCCCACGACCUUCGCCUUGCGCUCCACCAUCGACCUCACCUUCAGUGGCCAUGUGUCCAUCUUCGAAUUUGACAUCUUCACCAGGCUCUUCCAGCCCUGGCCAACACUCCUCAAGAACUGGCAGUUUCUGGCAGUCAACCACCCAGGCUACAUGGCCUUCCUCACGUACGACGAGGUCCAGGCGCGUCUGCAGGCCUGCAGAGACAAGCCAGGCAGCUACAUCUUCCGCCCCAGCUGCACUCGCCUGGGCCAGUGGGCCAUCGGAUACGUAACCUCAGAUGGCAGCAUCGUGCAGACCAUCCCUCAAAACAAACCCUUGUUCCAGGCGCUCCUGGAAGGAGAAAAGAGAGGCUUCUACCUCUACCCAGACGGGAAGAACCACAACCCGGACCUGACUGAACUCUGCCACCAGGAACCCCAUCAGUACAUCCAAGUGUCAGAGGAGCAGCUGCAGCUGUACUGGGCCAUGGACUCCACCUUCGAGCUCUGUAAGAUCUGCGCCGAGGGCAACAAGGACGUGAAGAUCAAGCCGUGCGGGCACCUGCUGUGCAGCCGCUGCCUGGCCACCUGGCAGCACUCAGACAGCCAGACCUGCCCCUUCUGCCGCAGCGAGAUCCAGGGCCAAGAGGCCGUGAGUAUCCAUCAGUUCCAAGGGAGGCCAGUGGAAGCCAGAGCCGCUGCUGAGGGCCCAGGGAAGAGCCAUGACUGGGCAAAUGAAGAGGAAGAGAUGGGGCAGGUGACCCCCUCAGCUCCCCCACUGCCCCCUCACCUGGAUCUGUCCCCUGGGCAUCCCAGAAGUAAAGGCCAGCUGACGGUGGCGCCUCCAGCCGUGCCCAGACUCCGGGCCCCUCUUAUUUUGCCAAAAAUUAGGACUGUGGCCUUGGUGCCGUGGGAAGCCACCUCCCGCCCGCAGGCCAGGGAGGGAGCCACAGAAAACUCCUAAAGGGAAGGUCACCCCCCCAGCUGCCCUGGGGGGGUCCAUGAUCGCCGCCGGCCUGGAGGCCAGGGCACCAGGAUGCGCUGCUGAAAGGAGCCCCAGGGGCUGGAAGGAGUUUGGGAAGCAGAAAUAAACUGCCCCGCCUCCUGGGUGUGGAGAGAGAAUGCAGCAACCACUAGGGGGCAGCUUGGCACCAGGAACUUGGGGGCCCUGAGCCCCUCCUGAUUCGCCCAGGGUUCUGAGAUCAGAGAGCCAGGAAGGGGGGCCCAGCUCCUCUGGAUCUGGGAGUCCAGGCCCCCAGCCCCUCCUCCCUCAGACCCCAGAGUCCAGAGUGCCAAGUUCUCAGAGAAGCAGGCAGCCAACACCCUUUGCCCAUCAUAGCAAAAAAAUAAUAAUAAUAAUCCCUGCACCGAGACCCAGACAUCAAAGUUCUAAGUCCCCCCAGUCAAAAAGACCCCACACUUCCUUAAGAGUCAUGUCCACAGUCUUGCCACAUCUGUUCCCAUCUCUCUCUCUCUCUCUCUUCUUCCCUGGGAUCCUUUUCCAAGAGUAAAAGUGACCUCUGGUCCAAAUCAAGCUGA